GCUACAGGCUGCUAUAAUUAGCCCGUGUCCCCCGGGUCCCCGGUGUUUGCAGGCAGCAUAUGUCGAACCGGAGCGAGGGACUUUUUUUGGAGCUGCUCCGCCGCAGCCGCAGCGCCGCUUCACUUCCGCGUUGUCUGACACCGUAAAGCAGGAAGCACUGUAGUAAUGUGUAGGAGUUAAUCUGUCCCUGCUGCUGUUUACCUACAGGUGAAGUGAGGAGACAGGAGAAGCUAAAUGGAGGCUAACUAACUACUAACCCCCCUCCCUCCCUCCUAACCCGGACCAAUCCGUGCUACAGGAGAGGAACUGCGGUACAUUAGCACCAGGAUGCCAGCCGGAGUUUGUGGCUGCUGUGGGCCGCUGAGGCCGAGGUACAAACGCCUGGUGGACAACAUCUUCCCGGAGGACCCUAAAGAUGGCCUCAGUAAAUCUGACAUGGAGAAGCUGACCUUCUACGCUGUGUCGGCUCCGGAGAAACUGGACAGGAUUGGAGCUUACCUGGCUGAGAGGCUGAGCAGAGAUGUUGUGCGACAUCGUUACGGGUACGUGGUGAUCGCCAUGGAGGCUCUGGAUCAGCUGCUGAUGGCCUGUCACUCUCAGAGCAUCAAACCCUUCGUGGAGAGUUUCCUGCACAUGGUGGCCAAGCUGCUGGAGUCCAGAGAACCAGACCUGCAGGUCCUGGGAACCAACUCGUUCGUGAAGUUUGCAAACAUCGAGGAGGACACGCCGUCCUAUCAUCGCCGCUACGACUUCUUUGUGUCUCAGUUCAGCGCCAUGUGCCACUCGACUCAUGAGGAUCCUGAGACCAGAACCAGGAUCCGCGUGGCGGGCAUUAAAGGACUGCAGGGCGUUGUGAGGAAGACAGUGAACGACGAGCUGCAGGCCAUCAUCUGGGAGCCUCAGCACAUGGACAAGCUGAUCCCAUCCAUGCUGUUCAACAUGCAGGACAGUGAAGACCUGGACAGGGCGGGUCACCCCAGCACACCCUCAGGAACCGGUCAGGACGGCGAGGAAAACCCGGCGGCGCUGGCUGAGAGCUGCUUCAGAGAGCUGCUGGGCAGGGCGGCCUAUGGCAACAUGAACAAUGCUGUCCGACCUGUCUUAGUUCACCUGGAUAAUCAUCACCUGUGGGACCCCAAUGAGUUUGCUGUUUCCUGCUUCAGGAUCAUCAUGUACUCCAUCCAGGCUCAGCACUCCCACCACGUCAUCCAGCAGGUUCUGAACCACCUGGACACCCACAACAAGACCACACCGCGGGUCAGAGCCGGGAUCGUCCAGGUCCUCCUGGAGACGGUGGCCAUCGCUGCCAAAGGCUCAGUGGGUCCGACAGUGCUGGAGGUUUUCAACACUCUGCUCAAACACCUGAGGAUGAGCGUGGACUUCGAGCUGGGCGAGAGCUCAAGGAGGAACUCCAGCACCAGCGUUUCCUCCGGUCGCGGCAAAGAGAGCGAAGAGCGGAUCGUCCAGAACGCCAUCAUCCAGACCAUCGGCUUCUUCGGUGGAAACCUGCCAGACUACCAGCGAGCUGAAGUCAUGAUGUUCAUCAUGGGCAAAGUGCCAGUGUACGGGACCCCCUGCCACACCUUGGACACCGUCAAGAUUGGGCAUCAGGGAACCAAGAGGAUUCAGACCAUGCUGCUCAGCUCCCUCAUCAUGGUAACCUCCGGCUUCAAGUCUAAGUCCAUGGCAGCUGCGUUGCCUCCUCCUUUCCUGGACCCGCUCUUCUCCAUCUCGCUGAUGGAGGACAGCGAGCUGAGGCAGCUGGUGCUUGAGAUCCUGCACAACAUCAUCGAUCGCCAUGACAACCGCGCCAAGCUACGCGGCAUCAGAAUCAUUCCCAAUGUUGCAGCGUUGAAGAUUAAGAGAGAGAAGAUUUCCAAGCAAGACGUUGCAUUCAUGAAGAAGCAUGGCCAGCAGCUGUACCGCCACAUCUAUCUGGGCUGUAAAGAAGAGGAUAACGUCCAUAAAAACUUUGAGUUGCUCUUCACCACCCUGGCCAUUCUGACUAUCGAGCUCGCCAACGAGGAGGUGGUGAUCGACCUCAUCCGUCUCGCCAUCGCUCUGCAGGACAUGGCUCUGGCCAACGAGGAGAACAUGCCGAUGUUUAUUCGCUGUGGCAUUAUGGCGUUGGUGGCGGCGUACCUCAACUUCCUGAGCCAGAUGAUCGCCAACCCUCCAUUCUGUCAGCACGUCAGCAAGGUUAUCGAGUUGAGAAACAUGGAUGCUCCGUACCUCCUCCCAGAGCACAUCUUCAGAGACAAGUGUCCACUUCCGGAGUCUUUGGACAAGGAGGACAGACUGCUGUACUUCCAGACAUCCGAUAUGGCAGAGUGUCUGGCAGGACCAGGAUACAACGCAGAGAGACUCUCCAUCCCCUACGUUCCCCAAGUCACAGAUGAAGACCGUCUGACCAGGAGGAAGAGUUUUGUGGACACAAUCUCCCUCCAAGUGGACAUCAUGUCCAACAGCCUUCCAGACAAGUCUCAGCUGGCUGAGGAGAUCACGUUUGAGACCCUGAAGAAGGCCAUUGAUACAACUGGCCUGGAGGAGCAGGAGAGGGAGAAGAGGCGUCAGGUGAUGGAGAAGUUCCAGAAAGCUCCGUUUGAGGAGAUCGCCGCUCACUGCGAGUCCAAGGCGAACAUGUUGCACAACCGGCUGGCACAAAUCUUCGAACUAACAAUUCGGCCUCCACCCAGCCCGUCCGGAGUGGUUUCCAUCUCAGCGGGACACACACAGCACCAGUCCGUACCUGUCUACGAGAUGAAGUUUCCAGACCUGUGUGUCUACUGAAAAUAAACACACACACACACACACUUCCACAAAACAGCUGAAACACAAAAUGCUAAAUUGAAAAUGCUGAAAAAAGAACGACACACAAUCACAAUCUGUACUCCAGCUUCUUAUCCAGACCAGCACCAAGGUGUCAGUGCUGAUAUCAGGGACACAAAAUGCACUAAACCAGCCAUUUUCAAUUUGAUAUAGAGAGGAAUUAUUUGUCAAAAAGACUGAACUUCAUUAAGACCUUUACACACUGGGGGCAUGACAAAUAAACAACACAAACAUAUGAAAUACUCACUGGUUUCAGAAAUAUUUUAGGAUGGUGGUGGGACAGUCCUGCUGUGGAUAUGAGGACCAACUACCAGGAUCCUUUGCCCCAGAGCAGCCUCUGGUAGUUUAUGUGCUCGGUUGAUGACUUUAUUCAUGGUGGAAAAGCUCAGAAAAAAUAACCUUGCUAAAAAAUUGGCUGUUUUUUGCUGGGUUUUUAUGGGUGUUUAUGGUGUGUAAAGGCCUUAAGUCUCAUUCCCAAGUCUCAUUCCAGUCAAUGGUACUUCUGAAUCCAAUACCGCCACUUGUAACAUUUUUAAAAACCUGUAAAAGUCUUUUCCUGUUCUUUUUGAUCAUUAAUUGAACUUAACUCAGACCCACCAGCUCCAAAUGAACUGAUUUGCUGCACUUUGUUUCCUGAUUCACGUCUGUGAAAUGACACAGAUCAUAAGUUACCAAGUACAACAACAACAACAAAAUAAACUGCUUCCACUUUGAGAUAUCAGUCAAUCACCAUUUCUUGUCUAGCUAACGCUUCACACCUUGUACAUAAUGCUCUAGUCUCAAAUUAAACUCUUGUAGAAAAUGGCUAAAACCAGUUUCAGGCUUAAAACACGAAGCUGGUUUUAGCUGUAAACGCUCCGGCCUCAAAGCCAGCUUCUGCCUCCUAACAAGUAUCUGUUCUCAUGUUGAUCAGUAGGCGUCAGUGCAGUCACUAAUGAGUAGAAAUGUACAAUAUAGCUAUAAAAAUAUAACUUCACUGGUGGUAGAAGGCAGAUUAGUUUUAGGCUCACUGCUGCACGGCUGUUAACAACCUGUUCAGUCUAAUAAGUCGUCUCUGUUCAGUCAUUGCUAUUUAAAGCAUCAGAAAUGACUUCAACAACCAGCUAAGUUUCAUGUGGUGGAAAUGAAGUGAUAGCAAUACUUUGAUUCUGUGCUCGGCAAAGAGACUCUCAGAAGACAAGCCAGAGGGUUGUUGAGCAGAAAUGGCUUGCUCAUGGUUGGUGAUUGCAUGUUUGCUUCAGAUGUGUUCUCUUUGAUAAAGACAGUUAUUCAGACGUCAGUCUUUGGCAGCUGCAGUGGAGUGGUGCAAAUGUUUGGGUCCGAUUUCUUAUUCCUGAAGGUUUGUAAAGUGGCUUGUUUAUAAAAUUUGUCAAUCGUGUAAUUCAACUCUUUCAGAAACACUGGUUUGCUAAGUGGUUCUUGAACAUAGAGUAACACUCCAUUUGGCAAAGAAAAGUCUGUUUUUAUUUCCCAGAUUUUCUAAAAUAGACACAUGGGAGGUAACAAGAUUGUAAUGAGUAACUGCUGCAGCUCCCUUUGUCUUGUUAUUAUAUUUCAAGAAGCACCUGAUAUUAUCUUUACGUGACUGUUGGUGAAUCGCGUUUCAAGCAGCCUUGUCGAACAAAUGUCCGAAGGUCUUCCUCAAAACUGAACUAGUGAAUAACAAAGUGGCAGACAGGGAAAGAUCACAAAAAUUAAAUUAAAAAUCUAUUUAUGAGAAACAGUAGUUAAUCUCAAUUACCAGCAUGAAUUGAUUUAGUUUUAAUUGUAAAUAGAACUCCUGAUUUUCAGCCAGCAUCGUGUUGUUAACUGUUUUCAUACAAAUCUGGAAUGAAACCCUUUGAAUUGAGAUUAUAAUUGCAGAGAAGAAUUUAACUGAUUGUUGCUUUUUUCGUUUCAGUCAAAUGACUUUAGAACCAACAGAUGAUGAAAAUACAGACUGAGCACAAAACUUAAACUGCAAAAUACUAACACGUAAUAUCAUCAGGCACGUGAGCUCCAUGUACAUGUACAUCAGAUUUUUUUUGUAGCUGCUCUUUGGCUCAACAUAAAACAGCACUUAAAUACUUGUUUUUAAAACAGCACUCAUGUGCGUAAUGGUUACCUAACAGGCCAGAGCGAUAAGACCGCUAAACAAAUCUAAGAUGUAGACUGAGAAGGUUUUGGCUAGAUUCAGUUCCAUUGAACACAGGCAAGAAAAAUUAAACCCUACUUGUGAUAUCAACAGUAAAAACUAUUUCUUCCUACAGAAUUAGAUUUUGUCUGGAACAUCCAGGCUUUGUUCUGCUCUUCCUGCACAUAGUUUGUACUUUUAUCGUGAACAUUUCUGACUCAACCAGCAGCUUUAACUCCUCACUGUUCUGUUUGGCAGCUUCUAAAAUAAACCAAAACAUGUUUCAUUGCCAAAGACUCAAAGCUACAAAAAUGUUUGAAUCUAAAAAAGCUAUCUGAGCCAGUGUCCUGCAAGGAGCCAUAUGGAGCGUUUCAUUCCAAAAGAAGAGCGGUGGCGGCAGCUGACACCUCAUCAAAGUUAAUCUCACCACUGAAUGUAUUAAUAUUAAUCGCCGUCUUCAGCCACUCUGAAUACAAAGCGGUGACAUUUCGAAGGAUUUAAUCAGCGGUGCUUUUUCAACAGUUACCACCAGGCCACGUUUUGUUUCCUAAAGGGGUACAGGAGGCGUUUUUGGAACGAGAUCCUUCAUAUCUGACGAAGCUGCAGCUGUGAUCUGUAAUAACAGAUGGUUAUCAGUAUUUUCUCUGAUCCGAGCUCAGCAUAGGAAGAAAAAUCCCUCCAGCUGGAGGCAGAUACCUGCUGCCUUCAUUUGGUCUGAGCGACUGUUUAGAGCAGCCUCUGCUUUAAACCAGGUUGAAGGUCGGUCAGUGUUUCCUUUCAGAGAUGACUGGUUUGUUUGAGUGUAUCUAGAAAACAUCAAACUAAAUCAGCAGACUAGUUUGUGGAGAGGAGCUGUUUUUUAGCUGGAGAGAACAGCUGGAGAGAAUUAUAUGGUGUAAGAUGGAGAAAUAAGGUGGAGAACUGGAACUGGAGAUAGUUGAGGUGUCUGAGUUCUGCUGAGCAGGAUGUGAUGGAUGUUUUCUACGUGGUCGUGUACGUUUCAGAUGGUUUUGUAUGUUUAAAGUUGUGUUUGUGAACAAGAGGUUGGCUUAGUGAAGUUUAUGCAAAAUCACCAACAUGAGCUUGAUAAUUUAAAAUACUGGUUGUUCAAUUUUGAUGGCAAAGCAGCUUCUAAAUCCCUCUCCACCUGGUGUUGACACACACUGUAUCUGAAUUUUCUGGAUUAGUAAAAAUAAUGUAUCUGUACAGUUUAAGGAAAAAUUAGUAAAGCCUAUAGAGCAGCAUCACUUCAGGGGACUUUCAAAAGUUUGUUCCAAAGUUGCGUUUCAGAGGAAGCAGCAGUUUGUCCAUUUGCCAAAAAAGUAGUUUAAAAAUGGUUUUGUCCGUCUGAUACGUGACUCUCCUCUUGUACUUUGUUUCAGUCCCGUGAGAGCGUCCCACAUCACUCCCCUUGACCGUUAGAUGCUUCAUGUUUCUUGACAAGUUGAUGAACUCAGCCCACUUACUUUCUGUAUUCAGAUCCGAUUACAAUUAAAUGCAAAGACCUAAUAAUCAGAUGUUGUAAGACAGAUAAUGAAUAAGAUGCAGACUGUGGGUCAAUACGAGGUGCAGAUGGAGCAGCUGCUGAUUUUAAGAAUAAACCGGCCGAUGUGAGCAUUAGCUAAAAAGUUAGUUGACUUGUAGAAUCUCUACUACACUGUCAAAGGAUUUGAAGAUGAAAGAGAAAUAAUGAAGUAGCCUGAAUGAAAGAUAUUCAGAUAUUUUCCUCUGAUGCAGUAAACUGAUGCAUUACUUUUUCCGCAUAUCUACCCUGCGUAACGUCUUAGCUUUAAAUGCAAACUCUUAUGAUUUAAAAUCAUAGUAUCAUAGCUGUGCUUAAGACUGCAUGAUAUCUUAAUAUCAAGUUAUUGACCCCUGAGGGAGGCGGGAGGAGGGGCGCUGGGAAUUUAUCUUGAAACAAAAAAAUCCAUCUAAAUGAGUCAUUUCAUCGACUGGAUCCUAAAAUCUGGUUUUUCCUCAGUGGAAACAGAUUUUCCAGGUGAACAGUCGAUGAAUUGUUUGUUUAGAUGUGGCUGGAAUACGUGAUCACUUCCUCUUAUGAAUGUGUCAUUAUAUCAGUAUAUCAUAUAUUUUUGUACAUUUUAUGCAUCAUGUAUCGUCCAACUCUUGCCUGGUAGAGAUUUUGAGUUUUGGGAGAUUUUAUUCUUCUUGUUGAUCACAUUUAUCAAGAUGAAAACAGAUGCUGAUUUCUUAUUUCAUUUAGUUUUUUUCGUUGUUUACCGAGAGGUUGACGGUUCAGGGUUUCAAUGGGAUUGUGCAGUUCUUAUCAGUGUGGGAGAAAAAGUCUCAUUUAUGAAAAUAUUACUUGAUUUUUUUUUUAUUGUAGAAUGCAUUAUAUCAUUUAAAACAUGAUGGAAAGUAAAGAAUAUUAUAUCUACAGUCAGUUAUUUUUGCAUAAUACAGAGAAGUGGAGUGAAUCAGUGCAAUCUGCUAAUUUUAGCAUCUAGAUUUAUUAUUUUUUUCUCCAAGAAGUUGCAGCUUUUAGUUCAGACUCAGUUCUCAGCGAACAUCUACAUUUCAGAGUGUAACAGCAACAGACAGACACUUCACCAGCAUUAAUACAAGUGUAAACUGCUUCCACCUUUAAUUUAGAUUCACCAGCACCAGCGUUCAAAUGCCCUUUAAGUCCACUCAUAAUAACUGUAUUCAGUAAUCUGCAGCCUGAGGUUCAGCUCCUCGAGCCUGAGGCCAUUAAGAUACUUUAAAACCAUUAGCGGCCCAAUUGCAGCAGUUUGCAUCACAAAUCACAUCCUCCUCUGAGUCAUAGCUCAGUCAAACCUGAACACACGGACAUGAUAUAUAUGUUUUUAUUAGAUUCAAUGUGACUUACACUUUCUGAGAGUAUCAUUAUUUCUAAUGUCUGCUGAAAGCAAACGUCCAUAAAUCUGGUGAGAAAUAACAGGGGAAAAGAGGCUCUUUAAAGCUGCAGAACUUGCCCGACAAUCAUCAUGUUUUUGAGUUUUCUUCAGCAUAAAAUGAAUCCAGUGACAGUUGUCUGUAUAUCCAUGGGAACACUGCAAAAAGAAAGUGCUAACAGCUAAUUCAGCUACUUUUAAUGGAGCCAGUAAACAAAUAUAGGUUAAAGAAAACGAGUCUCAAGUUGUAGCUCACACCGAAUACAUGGCAACUUUACAUUUCCUGUUCUGUACAUGAUUAUACCCCAAGAAGAAGUAAGCUAAAUAGUAAUAAUAGUGUAUUAAUAACUUCUAAUAAAAUCAGUAAUUCUGAAGCUGCAGAACAGUGAAAAGUUCAUCAGUAUUUAACAAUUUAAUAAAAUAUUAAGCUCAUUUAACAUGUUGUGUAAACACGGUUCAUGAAGUUGACUUUUACCCGUUCAGAAUAUAAAGAUUGUGUAGUGAUUAGUUCUGGAUCUGAAUCUGUCCUGAGCUGCAACUUCUUCAAAACAAUGAGAAUCUGACUGAUGUUUAAAUUAGAGCAAAAUGAAUCUCAGAAGAGUUUAAAGCUUAGCUGGAUGCAGAAAUCAACCAGUCAUCUCUGCUACUUUUGAUAAAUGAAUAGAGUAUAUUUAAUAAUUUUAGCUUUGAAGAAUCAUUUGAAUCGUAGCAGCAGGUGUGUUAUCACAUAUUAAAAUAUAGUUAAUAACCGUUACAAUGAAAUAUGACAUUGUGUUUGCACUUCGAUCACUGUGUACCUGGUACUAUAGCAAAAAUGAAUCAGCACAGAUUAGUGUUACAAAUGAAUGAUUAGAUUGUUUUUUCCCCAAUGUUCAGUUUGUGAAAUGUUGUAUUCAAGAACUGUAAAAGAAUGUCCCUCCUGACCAGUGAUUGAAGUCAUUGUUGAGUCUUAAAAUCUUGAAAUUAAGAUAAGAAUCAGUAAAUGGGGUGAAAACGUUUCACUGCUGACCUGCCUUACUUUAAAUGCUGGAAAUGAAGAAACUGCUUUAAAAAAAAUUACAACACAAUGAACUUUUCUCACUUUUCAAGAUGGACAUUUUUCAGUUUAGCAACUGAAUUCUGCAGAAAAACGACAAGAACAAAAAAAACUGAGCUUCUGAUGAUGUUUUUUUAUGUUGGUGAUGCAACAGUUUGUAUUUUUGUGCCAGUUUUAGAGAUAAAAGUUGUCACGUCUGUGCUCGGCCUUCACAGUGACAGACUUUAACUGUUUCCAAACUGCUGCAAGCUUUGACUUUGUUUCAACACAAGAAUGAUUUUCAGAACCACUAGGCGGCGCUGAGGCUCGGCUCCAAGCUGAAGGUUCAGGAAACAUGUUCAGAUUUAAUGUCAGAAAUUUUACAAUCUUAUAUCUUAAUUUGAUCUUUUUCAACAGUUUGCAGAUGCACAACCUGCUUUAACUUUUGUUUUGUUUUGGUCAGUGAGCUCUUUUCUCAAACUGACUUAAUUGAUAAGAAAAUAAUCAAUCAUUUUCUGUUCAUCUGCAUAACUGAUUGAGCAGCAAAUUAUUUCAGCGCUAAUGUGUUAAGAAACUUUCACCAUCCCUCAGUUAAGUCCAGAACAAAGCCUCUACUGAAUCAGAUCUGACAGGUAAAUCAUUUCCUUGAACUACAGCAGCAGCAGAGCCUCAGCACUUUAUUACAAAGCCUCUAUUUAAUAGUAAAUUGUGCAUUGAGAUUAAUGUUCAAGAGACUAAAAUAAAAUGUUUCUAUCAAA